GAAACUAGAAAAUAUUUGGAGAAAAUUAAAGACACUCAACAGGCAUGGCUGCAUUAUCUCCUCCUCAAAUCUCCUUCCUCGUCCCCUCAUUUCCUAACCCUAAUUCGAUCCGUACUCACAAGAUACCACCUUUCUCCCCAAAAUCGAAGAAAGGCGCCGCCUUUUCUCCUCGAACUGUUCGCUGCUCGGCGGCGAACAAGCCCUCGCCGUCCGCUGAGGUCAGCUCAACAGCAAAGAUAAGAAGUGAAGUGCUCUCUCCUUUUCGUUCUGUCCGCAUGUUCUUUUAUCUCGCUUUCAUCGCAAGUGCUGGUCUCGGAGGCUUAAUAACAACCCCAAGGCUAAUAUCAGCUUUAGCAAAUUCAUCAAGAUCAUCAGAACUACCUGAGGUUUUAAAUAGUCUCGGUAUAGAUCUCGGAGCAGUUCUAAUAUUUGCCUUUCUCUACUCAAGGGAAAAUAAUGCCAAAAACGCACAAGUGUCAAGGCUAUUGAGAGAAGAAAGACUUUCAAAACUUAAGCUGAGGUUAGAUGAGAAUAAGAUCAUUUCUGUUAAUUCUUUGAGAGGAAUUGCUCGGUUGGUUAUUCUUGCGGGUCCUGCUUCUUUUAUUGAAGAGUCUUUUAAUCGUAGCAAACCUUUCACUGAAGGACUCAUUGAACGUGGGAUAUUGGUGGUUCCUUUUGCGACAGAUGGGGAAAAUUCUGUUUUUGAAUUUGAAGAGAGUGAUGAAGAGGGCGUUAUUGCUGAAAGAAAAAAGAGGCUAUGGCAGCUUACCCCUAUUUAUACUUCUGAAUGGGCCAACUGGAUAGAUGAACAGAAGAAAUUGGCUAAAGUCUCCUCAGAUUCUCCAGUGUACCUUUCGUUACGAUUGGAUGGUCGCGUUCGUGGCAGUGGGGUUGGUUAUCCUCCAUGGAAUGCUUUUGUUGCACAGUUACCGCCAGUAAAGGGUAUUUGGUCUGGGCUCCUCGAUGGCAUGGAUGGACGUGUACUAUAACAUUCGUUUUAUUAAUUUAUAGGUGUGACACGGGACGACGCCAACCAAAACUGAAGGGCGUCUCGGAGUUUUCCCCAGCGACGCACCCUUCACUGUGUGACCGUAUAUGUAAACACUGUCAAAGAUACGCGAAACGUUAUACGCGAUGAAUAGUGUGUUUCAAAAUGGAGGUUGGAGAUCAUUAACAUUGAACAAUUUUAUUUUGCACGUUUGUUGUCUUGAAAGAGUGGGUUUUCUUUGAAAAUACAUGGCAUGUAUGUGCAUCCCUUUAAACUCAA